ACAACAACAUUUUGGGUAAUUCAAUGACAUGAAGAGCACAGCAGCUACAUGAGCCAUCACUUAGCAUUUAUGCUAACCUUAUGUGUCUGGACUUGUCUACAAACUAACGACAUCCAGUUUAUGCUAACAGGUGAAAUAAGAUGGUAAUGCUGUAUCUUAAAUGAUCAUUUCUCUGUUCGUGGACAGUCAUCUUGGUUUGCAUUGAGUGAGGAAUGGAUGCAACUCAGAUGAUUUGUGACUCCCACCUGGAGUCAGAUGAGGAAGAGAGUGGAAAUAACAGAGGACAUCCACUGGCUAAACUGUGCAUCUUAAAGAAUGAACAUGUCCCUGAGGCAGAAUUUCCCCUCUUUUUGGGAGAUAAUGUGCUUGGUCGUGACCCCAGCACCUGCACCCUGCCCUUGCUUGCACCCUCAGUAUCCAAGCAACAUGUUACAAUCUCCCUCUCUGUCUACCGGACAAGAGGUCAUCAGAGUGAAGUUGAAGCACUGGUUUGGGACCAUGGGAGCCUCAAUGGGACCCGUAAAGGUCGCUUAAAGCUGACUUCUAAUGUUCGCUAUGCUCUUAGUGAAGGUGACAGUUUAGUACUAGCAGACAUCCCAUGUCAGUAUGUCACCUGUGCUGCUGAUACACUGUCUUCUCAAAGGGACCUGAGGACUCCUGUGAGCAGGAAUUCAGGGGUAAAAAACAGGUUGCCUGAUGCCUCAAGUGAAAACAGAAGUGACUCAGGUAUAGGUAGUGAGAAAAGUGUCAAUGGUAGCACAAAGGCAAGGGUGCUGUUACCUGAUCUAGAGGACACAAGAAGGACUCCUGUCAAAACUAGUUGCUUGUCCUUUGAACAAACUCCAAUCCAGCCUCAGGGGAGUCUAGUACCAGACUCUGACUCAGACUCAGAUGGAGAGAGACGGACAGGAGGAGACAGAAAGCGCAAGAUUGUAGUGUCUGAUUCUGACUUCUACAAAUCCAGUCCUACCUGUUCUACAUUCUUGAGUCCAACAAAUAAAAUUGUCCCUGAAAGUGAGGAUGAAAGUUCCAUCACACCCCCUUCCUCAACUAAAAAUAGGCCAUGCAGACAUGUCAGCUUCAGUACGGAGGAGACAGACAUGAAUGUGGCACGACAGCAGCUACAGGAAAAAAAGUCACUUGUGAUUAUGGGUGACAGUGAAGAGGAGGAAGGAAGGAAGGAAGAAAGAGCAACACCAGGAACAAAGCCUGACAAAAGUGGACAACCAAUGCCAGUGAACCAGGAAAGCAGUGCCAGUCUUGCAGUAGGAGAUAAAUUGCCUGUCUUUACACCAGGACUGUCUACAGAUGUGAUAGCUCCAUUUAAUAUGGACAGUGACACUGAUGUGGAGGAAGAGGAGGAAAGGGUGGCUGUAGCUUCUGUGACCUUGAACACAAAUAAACAAGAUGACCAACCUCCAAGUACUGUCCAGUUUACCAUAGAUAGUGAUACAGAUGUUGAUGAAGACGGUGGCGCUUUAGUCAGCGGGCCCAAAUCUGCACUUUUAUCUGAUGACGCCACCAAACCUCCUGUUCAUGUUAUUCAGCCACAGGGCAUCAGCAUGGACAGUGACACUGAUGUGGAUGAUGAUGGUGAUGAUAAUGUGUCAAAGGCUGCUAAGACAGCAAAACCCACAUCAUCUCAGGCUGCACACACAGCCAACUCUGCCCUUGUAACACAGCCAGAAGAUUUCCACCUAGACAGUGACACAGAUGUUGAUGAGGAUGAAGAAAAGGAAUGUGGAACAAAUGUUAUAUGCUCUACAACAAAUGAGACAUCUGCUGGAUUAGAUUUAGCGCCAACUGGGCCUGAAUCCAUGCCUUUUGCUCCUCACAGUCUGCAUCUUGACAGUGAUACAGAUGAUGAAGGGAUACCUGGCCCUGCUCUCAUUGAACAACUGGUGGAGUCUGACGGUAGACAUACCAGUACAGGUGCAGGAGCUGAUCUAGAGGUUCUGUCUAGCUGUCACACAGAUAUGGAAAAUGAGUCUCUUCUGGUCAUACCUGUUGCUAUCACAACGCUGUCUGCCACUUCGGCAGCUGCUACUCAGUCAGAUUCUGAUGCAGACACAGAUGUGGAUGAAUCCAGCAUGCCGCCUGAUGGUAAUGGGAACAAUCCAGCAGACCACAGGCUGAACAGUGAUAUGGAUGUGGAGGAUAGGGAAGCAGGUGGUGAUCAGAUCCCUGACCUAUGCAGAGAACAGACACCUUUGUUGCCAGUUCCUCUACUGCAGAAAUGCUCUACUCCUGUACAACAGUCAGAAGUAGAGGAGCUGGAGACACAACCUUUUGCAAGCCCAUCAUCAGGGCCAUUUAGAUAUCCCCCACCUGGGAGACCUGCUGCAUUUUCUUUGUCCUCAGACAGCCAAGAGGAGGACUUUACAGUAGCAGAGACACAGUCCUUCAUUCUUCAGCACAGAGAUCGUCAAAAAUGUUCUCCAGAUGACCCCACCCAGACAUCUGGCUUUGAGUCUUCUGUUAAUAAAAAGGAUGGCUCAUCCAGCACAGGAAGGACUUUCCAACUGGGACUGUCGGAUAGCAGCCACCUGCAGUGUCAGGUGCAGGCUCUGGCAAUGGACAGCACUCAGCCCUUCAGUGUCACUGGGGAUGAGGGUGUGCAUUUUGAGGAAACACAACCAUAUGCAGAUAUCAUGACUGCAGACCAAACCUCUGGAGAAAAUAAGUCAUACUUGGAGGCUACCCAGGCUUAUGAAGGGGAAGUUGGAUGUUCAAUAGGAACAGAGAAGGAAUUACAUGUAGACUUAGCCUUACAAGCAACACAGGCAUAUAUUCCUGAGCCAUACAGUGAUGCAGAGGAAGAAACAGCAGAUGAAACUCAACCUUCAGAACCGUCCACCUCAUCCACCCUUGCUAUGGCAGAAACCCAAUUAAUGCCUGUUCUUGGGGUAGAACAUAGUCCAACAGAGGAUGAUCGAUUAUCUUCUGUACCACAGUUUGCAACAGAAGAGGAGGAGGAGCAAGGGGAAGAGGCUCCACGUGAACAGAGGCAGAUUGAAGUUCUGUCCAUAACAGAAAUGCAGCCUGUAAGCAUCAGUAAAGAGGAAAGUGAGGAUGAGGACUCACUUCCAGUUUUAAGAAAGCGAAAAGCAAAACAACUUGGACCUGAAGAAGAAGAGACACAGACAAGUGUUAAUUCAGAUCUUUCUGCUGCAGAGACACAGCCCAUGUGCAUCAGUAAUAUUGAGGAAAGUGAUGAUAAGGAUUCACUUCCAACUUUACAAAAGAGAAAAGCAAAACAACUUGGACCUGAAGAAGAGGAGACGCAGACGACUGUUAAUUCAGAUCUUUCUGUUGCAGAGAUACAACCCACGUGCAUCAGUAGGUGUGAGGAAAGUGAUGAUGAGGACUCAUUUCCAGGGCCCAGAAAAAGAAAAGCAAAGCCACUACAACAUAAAGAUGAGGACACUCAGUCACUCACAAAUUCUGAGGUUUCUGCUAUUCAUCCUCUGCCAGUGGAAACAAAGCCAUGUGUGCCACUUCAAGAAGAACAGGUGAUUCAAUAUGAAGCUGGAGUCAGUGGUGUAAAUAAAGAAGACACAAAUAGAGUUUUAAAUCCUGUACCUGAAACUCAGCCCAUGUGCAUGAGUAAUUAUGAAGAAAGUGAUGAUGAGGAUUCAAUUCCAAUUUUAAGAAGGAGAAAAGCAAAGCAACUUGAACCUGCAGAAGAAGAGACGCAGGCACUUGUAACUCCUGAGCUCUCUGUUGCUGAAACCCAGCCCAUGGAUACAGGUGAGGAUGGGGAAAGUGAUGAAGACUCAAUUCCAGGCCCUAGAAAAAGAAAAGCAAAGCCACUACAACAUAAGGAUGAGGACACACAACCGCUCACAAAUUCAGAGGCUUCUGCGAUUGAUUCUCAACCAGUAGAAAUGAAAUCUUGUGAGCAGCUUCAGAAAGGAAAGGCAAGACAACCUGAUGUUGGGCCCAGUGGAGGAAGUGAAGAAGAGACACACAGAGUUGUAAAUCCUGUUGCUGAAACUCAGCCCAUGUGCAUCAGUAAUUAUAAUGAAAGUAAUGCUAAGGGCUCCGAGAGAAAAGCAAAGCAACUUCUAGCUGACGAAGAGGAGACACAGGCAGUUGUAACUCCUGAGCUUUCUGCAGCUGAAACCCAGCCCAUUGGUUCAAAUGAAGGUGUGGAAGGUGAUGAUGAAGACUCAACUUCAGGCCCCAGGAAAAGAAAAGCAAAAGUUGGUUCUGAGGCUUCUGCUUAUAAUACUCAAAACCCAGCAAAAGAUUCUCUACAGCGUCAGAGUAAUGAAGAGAUGCAAUCUGAAGCUGGAACCAGUGGAGUGAAGGGUAGAAAUAGAAGAGGAGCAAGGACAAGAUUAAGAGAAGAUGAGGAGGAAGAGGCUGAGUGUUCAGAGCCUCCAAAGAAGCAAACAAGUGGGAAGAGAAAAACUUUACCAACUUCUAGAGGAAGAAGAGGGAAAUCCAAGCCUGAUGAUGAGAGUGAGGAAGAGGAGGAAGCAGAGCAGGCUGCAGGGGCCAAUUCCAAGACAUACGAAAAAGGGAAAGAGAAAAGAAAACUGAAAGAACAGGAAAGAAAAGAGAGGGAAGAACAGGAGAGAUUAAGACUUGAAGAAGAGAGAGCAGAAAAAGAGAGACCAGAGAAGGAAAAAAAGAAACAAGAAGAAAAGGAAAUGGCUGAUGGGAUACAAAAAGAAAAAGAGGAGCUGCUAGAAAGACAAAGAAAAGAAAAGGAGAGAUUAGACAGAGAAGAGAAAGAAAGAAAGGAAAGGGAACAAAAAGUGCAAGAAGAAACAGACAGACUAGAAAUGGCAAAGAGCGCAGAAGAAGAACAAAAGAGGCUUGAAGAGGAGAGAAAGGGGCAAGAACACCAGGUGAGACUGGAAAUGCAGGAGAAGGAAAGGUUGGAAAAACAAAAACUCAAUGAAUCCCAUGAAAACAAAGAUGAUGCCAUUUCUGAAGCACCUGACAGAGGUCGAAGAACAACCAGAAGAACAGCUGCUGUUUUGUCUACAACAGAGUCUCAACAAGAAUCCUCUAAUGCAACCAGUGAAGAUUGUCCAGCCAGGAGAACUAGAUCUCGCUCCAACUCUUCCAACUCAGUUAGCUCAGAGAGGUCUGCUUCCAGCGCUAACACCCAAAAGAGCAGAGGAAGAGGCAGAGGUAAAGGCCAAGGAAUAACGAGGACCAGUGAGCUUUUACAGAAAACUACAGCUAGAAGCAGCAACAGGAGGAGGACUGUGGCUACAGAGCCAUCUGCUCAGACAGGAAAAACAGAACGAGUCAGUAAUGAUAUUCCUUCACUAGGAGUCCUCUCCAAGUCCAACUCCUCCAACUCCCUCAACUCUGAAAUUUCCAGCUGCAGCAUGAACUCUCAGAGCAGAGGAAGAGGAGGCAGGCGACAAGGAAGAGGAAGGAAAACUGAGACUAAACCCGAUUCUGUUCCUCCCAUCAGCAGUCACAGUGAUCAGCAAUUGGUCCCGGAAGUUACAGCCAGAGGUAGAAAGAGCAGGGCAUCUGAGUUACCACCUAAUCAAGAUGAAAUAACGAGGACAAAUGCCCAGCAGCCUGGUACCACCACAAGGGGGCGAGGAAGAGCUAGUGUAAAUCACUCUGAACCUAUAGCUGCAGAUGAGGAAAACCUGUCAAAUCCAGAGGAAGGAUCUGUCAGUGAUCCCUCAUUUCUACGCCAAGGCAAUGACAGGAGGAGAAAACAAAAAACUGAAACGUGUGAAACUGUAGAAACCCCCAAAGCACCUCCACUUUCUGAUGGACACGAUGCUGAGGAAAAAGGAAGAGGAAGAAAGAGAGAUUUGGGGACUGAUGCAGAGGAGGGUUCCAGCAGUAAAACUUCUAGAGGAAAGAUAAAAGUCCAAAAAACAGAUGAGAAAACUGAGAAAAAAGUUGAUACAACCACAGGUCAUGCCAAAAAGAAUGCAAAUGAAUCUGGAGAGGAAGUGGAAAGGAAAGAAGACAGCAAGAAAGUGGAUGAGGAAGUUGAUGAGAAGGAAGCCAGGGGUCGGCCAUCGAGGGUCCAAAGUAAGAGAAAAGAGAAGCAGGAAGAAAGUGGGAUGGACACAGAUGCAGAGGUGCAGCAGCCCCAGACACCACCCAGCAGUGUUUCCCGGAAGCGACAGUUAGCAACAUUAGACUCCUCCCCGGUGGUGAAGACCCCUCGCUCUUCUUGUGCUUCUCCUGCGACCACUGGGCGAUCAAGAGCUGCCAGUCAAGGCUUUAAGGUGCUGUUCACAGGGGUGGUGGACGAUGCAGGGGAGAGGGUCUUAUCCCGUUUAGGGGGUUGCAUGGCGAAAACCGUGGCAGACAUGAACUGUCUAGUGACAGAUAAAGUACGCAGGACUGUCAAAUUCCUGUGUGCUGUGGCUAAAGGAGUUCCCAUUGUUACCACACAAUGGCUGGAGAAGAGUGGUAAAGCAGGGACCUUUCUGUCUCCCAGCGCUUAUGUUGUGAAGGAUCCGGAGCAGGAAAAUAAGUUCAACUUCUGCCUGCAGGAGUCUCUGAGGAUUGCCAGCAGUCAGCCUCUCUUCCUGGGAUAUGAGAUCCAUGUGACAAAGUCAGUGAAGCCAGAGCCAGUUCACAUGAAAGAUAUUAUUUCCUGCAGUGGAGCUACGUUUCUUCCCAAGAUGCCCUCUUCUCAUAAGCCCCAAACUGUAGUGGUUUCCUGCGAGGAGGACUGGCCUCUGUGUGGUCCGGCUGUCACGGUGUCUAUCCCAGUUGUCACGGCUGAGUUCAUUCUCACUGGGAUCCUGCAGCAGAAAGUGGACUUUGAGACCCAUAAGCUCUCUGGCCCUGCAGCUACUCUGCAACCUGCAGGAGGGAGAGGGAGGGGCCGAAAGAAGACCUAAACCUUCACACAGACACCUGCAUCACUGGAGCUUGUCUUAUCACCUGUAGAUUCUCUUUAAAAUCAGAGACCCGAGUUAACACUAGUGAGCCACCUGAUCUUCUGUAUGAAAGAUCUGAAGAAUGUAUCAGUUUGAAGCGAACAUAUUUGCUGUGUUUACUUGUAUGCUUGGGUUUUGGAUGCACACUGAUAGCGCCGGUGGAAUGUUUUACUAUGUUAAUGUCAAAUGUUUGAAGCUAAUUUCCACAUGUUUAUGUGUAGCAUCCUGUUUUGCAAAAGUGCUUAAAAGAAACGGAAUAUGAGCGGUACAUUCAGGAGAGAUACAGGGUAAAAAUGUGUCUUGAAUUUCCCAAUGUGCUCUCACUAUAGUCCUCUCUGAACUCUGUUUUUGCCUUUUAGUUGUUACAAAAUGUGUAUUUCAAAACUACAGAAACUACAAGUUAUGUUGCUGCUAACUAUUAACUGUCCUUAGCUGCCCAUGCCACAUCCAUGUCCACACCACCUUCUCUUCCAUCACAGGCUGUUUCUAAUUGCAGAUAAUCUCUGUAUUUUAUAUCUUCUCUUUCUGUAAAUGCUUCGGACAACCAAGAUUGAAGAGGGAGAUGGUAUAAAUCAUGUGUGGCAGGGAUGUGUAACCAAAAGGAUGUCUUUUAAAAUCUAUCAGCUUCCUUGGCCAGUGGAUGAGAGAGCUUCCUGUUCUGAUGAGAAGUGCAUAGUAAUCAUGAACCUGUUGUUCCUGUAUCUCCAUUAACCACCACCUACUCCAUUAAUGCUUCAACCAAUCCUAUUAUCUCCAGGGAUGAGAGACAUGAUGUAGGCACCUGAAUGCUGAUGCUGCUUCUACAUUAGUGGUAGAGUGUUUGUCCUUGACAUCAGUUAUCUUGUGUGCUCCUCCUUUUGCAUACAACCUUCAUGAUAUGUUCCCAUGUCAAACAGUCUGCUGUCCAGGAUUUACAGUCGGUCCUUUUCCUGACCCACUGUGAAUCUGUAUCAGUGCUCUUUUAAAAACUUGACACCAUAGAUUGUAACUUUGAAUUUUAGAACUGUUAAAUAGCUAUAAUCUUAACACCAAAUUUGUGUUUGAACAAGAUUGUAGAAUGUGAUGUGCCUGAUUUAUUGUUGAAAACAUGUAAUCUUUUCUAUACUUGUAAACAUGUAUUUACAUAUGCAACCGCCAACUUUUGCAUUUUGGUGAUUCAGUGCUAUGUAUCACUUAUGAUGCUGACCUGAUGUGGUUUUGUAAUAAAUGCCAACUUUAAUUUGCA